AUGGACGAUGGUGAUAUCGGCUCGAGCGAAUUUACUGGUCAUGGUCCGUUUCAGCCUGUCGACUCGGACUCUGAAGAUCCUGAGGCUGCCUCAAGAGCUAUCCAGCGUCAGAAAUUAAUCAAGGAGAUUCAAAGUCUUCAGCAAAAUCUUAAAGGUGUUCUGGAUGAAAUUAAGAAAGUUGAGGGGGAAUUCGAAAAGAAGAAAGCAGAAAAUGAAAUGCUACAGACUUAUGUCAACAACUUGACUCGUCAAAACAUGCUAAUCACUAAUGCCAAAUAG